AUGGCCCUAAUGUCUGCAACUAAGAGAGGAAAACAGAAGCAACAGGCAGAAGUUUCAGAAGAAGAAGACUUCGAAACAUUUGUACGAGAGUCGCUUGGGCAACUGAGCAAAGGUCAGAAACAAAUCUCAAACUUAAAAGCUAAAGUAAAGCAGAAUGAAACAGCGUUAGAUAAAAUAUCUAGCCAAUUUAAGACCAUCAACGACAGCUUUGAAGAACUCAAGGGCGAGCUUCAUGACGCGAGGUGUAAAGUCGACGAGAUGGAAAGCUCUGUUCAAAAACACGCUAAGCAAAUUGAGGGAAUGCGUGAAAGACUGCUGUCCCUUGAGCGGUAUUCUCGAGAAUAAAACCUCCGUUUCCACAACGUUCCAGAAUCUACUGACGAGGAUCGUGUCCAAAAGGUCCGUAACAUUUUAUCCAACCACCUUGAUAUGGACCCGGAGAUUGAAAACACGCAUCGUGUUGGUCCUCGAAAUGACGACAAACCGCGAGUAAUUAUUUGCAAGUUCUUUCAUCGUCCACAGAGAUAUAAAGUUAUCCAGAAGAAGCGUGAUCUCGAGGAUGGUAUUUGGGUUACAGAGGACCUGGUCUGGGAAGAUCGUGAAGCAAAGAAGGAAUUAAAGAAAGUAAUGAAGGAGGCAUUUGAAAAUGCUAAAAAGCCUAGAUUCGCGCGUGGAAAACUUAACAUAGAUGGAGCUCUUUAUCGCAAAACGUAACUUCACGGUCAAGUCAGAAUAUGUAGGCAUUUAUUAUCUCGUACUUACGUUAGUAAUUUUCGAAAAUUUAAGUCAAUUUUGUGACUGUAAAUGACAAGCGACACAUAUGACCCAGAUUUAAAUCUUCAGUCUUUUAAUGACCAUGGCAUAUUUACAUUAGAACUUUCGCAUGUUGUCAAACCUCAACUCUCGGCCCUUCACUUAAAUAUAAGAAGCCUAAGCAAGCAUUUCGACGAGCUAUGUCAUCUUUUGAAUCCAUUUCCCUUCCCGCUAGAUUUGCUUGCUUCUUCUGAAACUUGGAUUACCCCCCAAGUUGACAUAAGCAGCUUGCAAAUCUCAGGUUACAAUAUCAUAACUGACAAUCGCACGUUUUCUACAGGUGGCGGAGUUGCUUUAUAUUUAAAGUCAAGUUUUGAAUAUCAUUUAAGAAAUGGUUUAAAGAUAGCUGGUGUUGAAAAUAUUUGGGUUGACACACAAGACUUGCUUAUUGGCGUUAUUUAUAACCCUUCCAGUGGGUCCCAACGCGAUUUUAUUGAUGAAUUUGAAAACGUUCUGCAUUCCGUCUUUUUGUCUAAGAGAAAGUGUCUGAUCUUAGGUGAAUUCAACAUCAAUACACUCGUCAAGAGCACAAUAGCAAAAGAAUACCUCAACUUGAUCCACUCAGAAGGUUUUAAUCCUUUGGUUCUCGAAGCAACUCGCGUAACUGAGUCAACAACAAGUUGUAUAGACCACAUUCUUUCUAACUUUGUGUCUUCAAGUACUAGUGGUAGCAUUGCUAUAGAAAUAGCUGAUCAUCUUCCAGUCUUUACUCUUUCGUAUGACCCUACGCUAAGUCCCUUUCCCAAUAAAAUUGAAAUUAGAGAUUUUAAAAGGUUUGACAACAUUGCUUUUCAAAAAGCGUUGAGGAAUGCUAAUUAG